AUGAAAUCAUCCUCUUCGGGAUCCAUCAAAAUUCCAACCCUCAAUCUUUCAAAAUUGAAUGAUAAGAAUGAUGAGGAAGCGGAGUGGUUUGAAGAGAGUUCUGAAGUGUUGGGAAACAGUUUUUCGGAACCAAGGGUCGGGAGUAUGAACCAAAGCUCGUCAUUUAUGGAAGAGGGAGGUCUUCAUUUAAGAGGUGAGAAUGUUGUUCAAUUACAACGUGUGCUAGAGAUGAGAGAGUUUGAAUUAAUGAAGUCCAUUGAAUACGGACAAAGUUUAUUAACUAGAAUCAAAUUUCUUGAUAGUCAGUUGGAAAAAGAAAGGGCCGAAAAAGAAAGGCUUGAAAAGAGUUUGGAUUUGGUUGAGGAAGAGAAUGUUGCUCUAAAACAUCGAAUGGAGAGCCUUGAAUUGGUGGGUAUUGCGGAAAAAGGGUAUCUUGUUCCUUAUUAUUAA